AUGUCUGGUACCCGGUUCACACCUGACCACCCUCAGGGCAGCGCCUUCUUCGAACAGCCCGAUUCCCUGGUUGGUGACAUCAACCAUAGCCACGCUCCCAACACAUCGGUCUCAGUCAACGCCAACAUCUCUUCUCUCGACAACGGCACGCGUCCUGGCAGCUUCAGUCUGCCUCGAUUCAACCUGGCACCUGGCGUCACCCAGACCAAUGCUCUGACGGUCAAUCUCAAACGAUCGACAUCUUCUAGCCAUAUCAUGGACCAGAACACCCAAAUCAUCGACUACAACAACACGCCGGGUGCUCAUUUGCCCCUCAGUGCACAGGAGCCCCUCGAUAUGCCUAUGCAGCAGUUCUCUCUGCUUGCUGUUUGUUCUGGAGGUGUUCCGGCCGCUGGAGGCGUCGGCGAUUUUCUCACAGCUCCAAACGUGAAGCCAUCAAACGCUUCCUGGAUGCAGGAUGUCUCGGUCACCGACGAAGACAACGAAGACAACGAAGACAGCCCAGACAGCGACAACGGCGCAACACAACCCAGUCCCCCAGCUAACCCAUCAGCCGGGCUGCCCGGUUCCUUGACCACCCCAAAUGAUAGCCCUGGUCCUUUUGGUGUAAGCACCCGAUUCUCUGCCCACCAUACGUCCAACCACCACAUUGAAAAUCGAAUCCACCAAGACCACCGAUUCAGCAGCGGCGACAGUCUGAACCUUACUUUACAGCCGCACACCGGCAGAAUUCCGCCACUUCGUCUUCGUGAUCGAGCCCAUGAUGGUCAGGUUCAGCACGCCAUCAGAGAGCCCGUGGCCCCCGGCCCCUCUACAAGCGGCGUUCCGCCAAACAACUUCCGCCGACCCAACGCCAUAUCCGGCCUCGCUCACUUCCCUCUAGCUACCUUGAGCAGCAGCUCAAACGGUGCCACCUACGGCGGGUCUGGCAUCACCAGCUUCCCUCUGCCCCCUUUCAACAACGGUCCAAGUGGCGCGGGGCCUGCACACCAAGCUGCGGGUCAACGACCGCAGCUCGUCUCGGUCCAGAGCACCACCAACAUGCCGCCUGGGAGGAACCAAGUCAACGGCUCACUUCCCCGCAACGGCACCGGUGGUCAAGCGUCUACUGCCAGCUAUGGCUCGGGGCUGCCGGCUGGUAAUGCUGUCAAUCAGACGGCGAGUGCGGAUGCGGGCGAAGGCGCCGUCCAAUUCGCACCCACCGGCAUUUUCCGUCCCAUGAACGCGGUGACCCGGCCAUUCUAUCAUCCCGACUUCGACAGCCAGAGGGAGCUGAAGCGACGGCUUGGGAUCUCGCCCAACUACGCGGGCGACGCUUCGAUCGCGCGCAACCAGUCGGCCGCGAUCCCCGACAGCGAGAACGUGGCGUUCUGGAUCACGAACCUGCCGCCGAGAGUGACGCACAACCAGCUUCUGGGGCAGAUUCGCGGCAUGGGACGGAUCUGGGCCUGUGUCAUCAGCCCGCCGGCAGGCGACCACGCCACGUCGGCGGCGAAGGUGGUCUUCUUCGAGCUGGCGGCGGCCCAGAAGUUCCUCGCGCACUGCAGCGACCCGCAGCGGCGUCUCAUCGUGGGCGGCUACGUCGCGCGCGUCUGUCUGAACCGGACCAAGAAGGCGGAGGAGAACGUCGAGGGGAACCACUCCCGCGUCGUCAUCAUCCAGGGGAACCCCUCGUUCGUCAACCCCGUCACGCUUCUCCGGCACUUCAGCAAGAACUUCGAAUACGACAUUGACGAGAUCAUCACGCAUAUGGGCCACGUCGAGAUCCGGUUCGGCAGCUGGCGCUCACAGGCCGAGACGUCUCGCCAGUGCAUCAAGGCCAUGUAUCCUCCGGGCGGCGACCUAUCUCCCGUUUGGUCCUUGCGAUACGGCACCGACCCUUGCUCCAUUUGA